CCAUGUCAAUCAGUCACUCGCUCAGAGUCUCGGUUCUGGAAUCAGUCACAAUUUACAAUAUGCCGGCACUUACAUCGGAGAGUACCAAGCGGAAAGCUUCGGAGGAGGCCCUUUCCCCAGAGUCGCAGCAACGGAGCAAGAAAGCGCGCACUGAUUCCCCGGGGGACGAGCUCAAGACAGAAGAUGAACCCCUCGAUAAGCCGCCCAUGAGGAUUGUCCCGUUCCCGGAGAAGCCGGCAGUACUCGAAGAGCGUCGUGGCGAGAUCGAGUUUCGUGUGGUCAACAAUGAUGGCUCGCGCGACAGUUUCGUCGUCCUCACCGGCCUCAAGUGUAUUUUCCAGAAACAACUCCCAAAAAUGCCCAAGGACUAUAUCGCGCGCUUAGUCUACGACCGGUCGCAUCUGUCUAUCGCAAUCGUCAAGCAUCCCUUGGAAGUGGUCGGAGGCAUCACAUACCGCCCGUUCAACGGUCGCCGAUUCGCUGAGAUCGUCUUCUGUGCUAUCUCUUCUGAUCAGCAAGUUAAAGGAUAUGGUGCGCAUCUCAUGUCCCACUUGAAAGAUUACGUCAAGGCGACAUCGGACAUCAUGCAUUUCCUAACCUACGCUGAUAACUACGCUAUCGGAUACUUCAAGAAGCAGGGUUUCACAAAAGAGAUCACGCUUGAUAAGUCUGUCUGGAUGGGAUACAUCAAGGAUUACGAGGGAGGAACAAUCAUGCAGUGUACCAUGCUGCCCACGAUACGCUAUCUCGAGGUUGGCCGCAUGCUUCUCAAACAGAAGGAGGCGGUCCAUGCGAAGAUCCGGGCGUUCAGUCGGUCACACAUAAUCCAUGCACCCCCCAAGGAGUGGAAAAACGGAGCAUGCAAGAUCGACCCCUUGCUGAUCCCAGCUAUCAAAGAGUCGGGAUGGUCGCCCGAUAUGGAUGAAUUGGCCCGCCAGCCCCGCCACGGGCCGAACUACAAUCAGCUCCUGCAUCUGCUCAACGAUAUGCAAAACCACAGUGCCGCGUGGCCAUUCACGCAACCGGUCAACCGAGACGAAGUGCCGGAUUACUACGAAGUCAUUAAAGAACCCAUGGAUCUGUCGACGAUGGAAGAGAAGCACGAGAAGGAUAUGUACCCGACACCGCAGGACUUCAUCAAGGAUGCCAUGUUGAUCUUCGACAACUGCCGAAGGUACAACAAUGAGAACACGCCGUAUGCCAAGAGUGCCAACAAGCUGGAGAAGUUCAUGUGGCAGCAGAUACGGAACAUUCCGGAGUGGUCGCAUCUGGCCGAGAACCACUGAGCAAGUGACUGUGGUCUUUUGGUGUGUAGGCGUUGCUAAUUGGCGUUUGGUUUUGCGCGUGAUGAACGAAUACCCAAAGUUAUGAGAACAUGGAGCGUUGCUUUCUCUUGCACUUUUUUGUCUUGUUUUUCGUGUCGAAUGUGGACAUAAUUCACAGAAGGUUAAGUCUAUUGAACCUUGGAUGGCCCCGUCGCUGUAAUUCUGUGUCUUUUAGAAUGGGAUGG